AAAAUCGUCAAACGGUAACAAAACCCUAUUAACACUGUGCGAGUGAGUAUAAACGAGCCUCAGAAACCCUAACUUGACCACUCUGUGCCGCCUUCUUGUUGCUGCUGCUUAGACGCCAAGAGCGGAGAGCCUCUGUCUUCUGUCAUACAGUCCAAAAAUGUCGUUGGUGGCGAACGAGGAGUUUCAGCACAUAUUGCGUGUUCUGAACACAAACGUUGAUGGGAAGCAGAAGAUCAUGUUCGCUCUGACCUCAAUCAAAGGUAUUGGGAGGAGAUUUGCGAACAUUGUCUGCAAGAAAGCAGAUGUGGACAUGAACAAGAGGGCUGGUGAAUUAACUCCUGCUGAGCUGGACAAUCUAAUGGUGGUUGUUGCUAAUCCUCGACAAUUCAAAAUCCCAGAUUGGUUUUUGAAUAGGCAGAAGGAUUACAAGGAUGGGAAAUAUUCUCAGGUCGUGUCAAACGCUCUGGAUAUGAAAUUGAGAGACGAUUUGGAACGAUUGAAGAAAAUCAGGAACCACCGUGGUCUGAGGCACUAUUGGGGUCUCCGUGUGCGUGGUCAGCACACCAAGACCACUGGUCGCAGAGGGAAGACUGUUGGUGUCUCAAAGAAGCGUUGAGAUAUUAUUCUUUUCCUGGCAAUGCUAUUCCUACAUUACAGGAACGUUCUUGCAUCAGACAGUUUUGGACAAACUUUCUUGACCUCGUUGGAGUUUUAAAAAUGUGAAAACCUUUAUUUCCCUUCUCACUAAAUCGCUUAGUUUUGGGUUUGUUUAUGCUUUGUGUAUGAAUUAUUUGCGUUUCAAUUGCAUGUCUGGACUUUGAAUAUGUUUCUUACUGUC